AAAAGUCCAGAUCAUUUGUCUUGCAUCGUACUCCUGUUUCCGAUCCCUGUUUUCAAGAUUCUGGAUCUUGAUCUCAAGAACUGAGAUCAAGAAAAGACAUGAUCUUCUUGUUCUUUGUUCUUCUUCUUCUUCUCCACCAUCCAAUCCAUUCCCAAAAUGUCCCUGGAAACGUAAGUAUUUUUAUCCUCGCCGGUCAGAGCAACAUGGCCGGUCGUGGCGGGAUCUUCAACGGCACCGCCGCAUGGGACGGCGUGGUCCCGCCGGAAUCCCGGCCGAGCCCUCGGAUCCUACGGCUCACGGCCAAGCUCACGUGGGAAAUGGCUCAAGAGCCACUCCACGCCGAUAUCGACGUCACCAAGACCAAUGGCAUCGGACCGGGCAUGCCAUUCGCUAACCGGAUCCUCGACAGUGAUCCCCGGCUCGGACCGGUCGGCUUGGUCCCUUGUGCCAUUGGCGGGACUUCAAUAAGCCAAUGGCAAAAGGGUGAGUCUCUUUACGAAGAAACAGUGAGAAGGGCAGCCAUGGCUACGGCUACGGCCAACGGUGGCUCGUACAAGGCGGUGUUAUGGUAUCAAGGCGAGUCCGAUACGGUGGAUCCGGAAGAAUCCGAGCUUUAUAAACAGAGAUUGAUUAAGUUUUUCACCGAUCUUCGAAGCGAUUUACGUGAUCCAAAUCUUCCAAUUAUCCAGGUGGCUUUGGCAUCAGGAGAAGGGCCAUAUCUCGAGGCAGUGAGAGAGGCACAGUUGGAGACUGACCUCAAGAACGUCCACUGCGUCGACGCCAAGGGCCUCCGGCUCGAACCGGAUGGUCUCCACCUCACCACAUCGGCUCAGGUCCGGCUCGGCGGUAUGAUGGCCGACGCGUUCUUGGCCAUCCCCAAUGCCACCGGACCCUCCACGCCAAACAGUCUCUCUCCUCUCUGCCUCUCUUUCCUGUUUCCCCUAUUAUUCACAUUGUUUACGACCCCCUCUUCCCUUACCUCUUAAGCUUAUAUAAAUUCUGUAUUUUAAA